AUGGGCUGCACCAUGUGCACGAUGGUUAGCUCGGUGGCCGAGCCGCCAGCGGUGACUUCCGAGCGCAGCACCAAGACCGUUGUCACUGGCUUCACCGAGGGCAUUGUCGAGAUGAUGCUGCGCGAGCGUCGCCAUGGCAUUUCGGACGACAGUAUCGCAGAGAUCGACGGGGAAGACUUCCGCGAUGGCGACGACGACGACGACGAGGAAGACGACGAUUUUGCCAUUCUUCUCGUCGAGGACGACAUGGCACUCGUCCUCGAUGUGCUUCGGUCCAAUGUGCUCUUCUCGUGCCUCGAGACCGCGCAGCUCGAGGCGCUCGCCAACUCGAUGCAAACCGUCGGCUUUGGCGUCGGGGACGUUGUCUACAGCCAGAACGACGUUGGCGACGCAUUCUACAUCAUCAAGCAAGGCAAGUUUGAUGUGCUACGAGACAACGAACACAUCCGCACGCUUCUGAGCGGCCAGAGCUUUGGUGAGCUCGGGCUCUUGUACAAGUGUUCUCGCACAGAGACGAUCCAUGCGCGCGACUACGGCACUGUGUUUUGUCUUCGCGCCCGGACGUUUCGCGCGAUUGUGGCACAACACGCUCUCGGGACGCUGGCAACGUCCAAGGAAGCGCUGACCAAAGUGCCUCUGCUACAAAGCCUCACGGAGCAGCAGUUUGAGACAGUGGCCGACGCCGUGCACACGUUGCACUUUCGCCAAGGGGAUGUCAUCGUGCGCAAGGGCGAGCCAGGAAACAUCUUGUACAUGAUCCAAGCCGGCACGGUUGUGUGCACCGACAUUGGGGCUGGUGCGCUCGACGAUGUCGAGCUCCACGAGGGCAACUAUUUCGGGGAGCGCGCCCUCAUCACCGACGAGCCUCGCGCUGCGACCGUGCUGGCCAAGACUGACGUGACUCUCAUGGCGCUGAGCCGCGAGGUCUUUACGCAAGUGCUCGGGCCGCUCCAAGACCUCAUCACCUACAACCUCAAGAUGCGCGCUGUGCAGAGCGUGCCGCUGCUCAAGGAGUUUUCGGACGCGGAGAAAGGCGAGCUCGUGGAGAAAUCCCCGGUCCGGGCGUUUGCGAGUGGCGAUAUCAUUUUGCGUCAAGGCGACGGCAGCGACGAGUUUUACAUUCUCGUGAGCGGCAGCGUCGACGUGACGCAAGCGAUCGAGAAGAAGCCGCCGGUGCACGUAGCGUCGCUGUCGACGGGCGACUACUUUGGCGAGACGGCGGUGCUUCAAGACGAGCCUGCGCCGCGCAACGCCACGAUCACGUGCACUUGUGCUGUCGAGUGUCUCGUGCUCAGUCGAGAUCUCUUCCACUCGGUGCUCGCGCCCGUCCGGCCACGCUUGAGCCAGCAGCUCGACGUGCGCAAACAAACGAGCCUCGACCGCAUUUUCGCCGCGAGCAUAACCAAGAAAUCGCUCAAGCGCGCCAAAGUUCUCGGUAUCGGGUCCUUUGGGCUCGUGUACAUUGCUCAACACGAGCCAUCGGGCCGGUUUGUCGCGGUCAAGGAAAUGUACAAGGCACGACUGGAGAAGGCGCGGCAGAUGGCCCACGUGACGUCCGAGAAGCAGCUUCUGAGCUCGCUCACGCACCCUUUCAUCCUCAAGUACUACACGGCGCUCAACGAGUCGAAAAAAGUGUACAUCGUUACCGAGGCGCUUCUCGGCGGCGAACUCUUCCAGCGCAUUGUCAACCCCGCGGGCGUCCCGACGCCGCUGCCGAUGGCCAACGCCCGCUUCUAUGCCGCCUGCGUUGUCCGCGCGCUCAAGUACCUCCACAGCCGUGGCGUCGCCUACCGCGACCUCAAGCCCGAAAACAUCUUGCUCGACGGACUCGGCUACGCCAAGCUCGUGGACUUUGGCUUUGCCAAGAAAUUACUCCAGAAGACGUACACGCUAUGUGGCACGCCCGAAUACCUCGCGCCCGAGAUCGUCACCGGUGUCGGUCACGGUAUGCCCGUCGACAACUGGGCGCUAGGCAUCCUCAUCUACGAAAUGGUUGUCGGCGAUUCGCCGUUCGCCGACAGCCGCGACGAUCACCUCGCAAUCUGCCGCGCGAUCCUGUCGGGCCAUAUUACCUUCAAGCCCGACGCGGAUCCGGACUGGAAGAGCCUCGUGGAAGCGCUGCUCGUGCGCGACCCGACCAAGCGACUGAGCUGCUUUGCACGAGGCAGCACGGUCGAGCAGCACGCAUGGCUCCAAGGCGUCGAGUGGGACAAGCUCCUCGCGCAGCAGGUGGAGGCGCCGUGGAAGCCCGAGAUCCGCUCCGACGACGACGCCCACUGCUUCUCCGAGGUCAACGAGGACGAGCUCGACGCGCUCAAGGAGUGGGACCACGUCUGGCCGGAGAAAAACUGGAGCGAGUUUUAA